UGCAACCACCGCAACAAGUUGAGAAACGGGUUUCUUUAAAGAAUCUGAUAUCGGGAAGGAGCGGAGGAGCACAGUAGAGUAGGCACAUUAACAUAACAAGACUUAACGCCAAGUUUCUGACCUAUAUCCACGGCGAUUUUUAUGAGAACCAAAAGUUUCCUCUCGCCUCGUAUCAAAUCCUUAACUCGCUUUCAGGUCUCUCCAUGCGUUUGUUUGAAGCAAUUCGUCCAAUUUCUUUUCAAUAAAGCUGAGUCUUACUUGGUAUUUGUUUUUGACUUAGAGAUGCAACCACACAUUAGGUGAAAGGGGUUUACAAGCUGAAUUGCAUUCUGAAAUGGCUCCACCGCCUAAUCCUUUGACCCGUCAAAAUGGAAGAAGAUUCAAGCAAGUAAGGUGGGAAUAACUAAUUCUAUGAUCUCAUUACCCUCGUGGAUUGUAUUGAACAAUCUUCACAGAGGAGGUUUUGAGGCCUACUUAGUUGGCGGCUGUGUUAGAGAUUUGCUACUAAACAGAAUACCUAAAGAUUUUGACGUGAUUACAACUGCUACACUUAGACAGGUCAAGAAGAAAUUUUACCGUGCACAGAUUGUUGGACGAAGAUUUCCAAUAUGCAUUGUGCAUAUAAAAGGUUCUGUAGUUGAGGUAACAAGUUUUGAGACAGCUGCAAAACAUGAUAAAGACAAAGAAAAAGGUUUAAUAUCUUUAAUCCCAAAAGGAUGUGAUGAAAAAGACCUAAUCCGCUGGAGAGAUACCAGGAAACGGGACUUUACUAUUAACAGCUUAAUUUUUGACCCUUUUACAUGUAAUAUCUAUGAUUACAACAAUGGAAUGUCAGACCUGAAGUCAUUAAAGCUACGAACAUUAAUCCCUGCCCAUGUGUCAUUUCGAGAUGACUGUGCAAGAAUUCUCCGGGGCUUAAGAAUUGCAGCUCGUCUAGGCUUGUCAUUUUCAAAGGAUACUGAGAGUGCAAUGUACGAACUUUCAGCCUCCAUUGAGGGUUUAGAUAAGUCCAGAUUAAUGUUGGAACUGAACUACAUGCUGUCUUUUGGAGCUGCUGAGUUGUCCAUUUGCUUGCUUCAGAGAUUUAACCUGCUGCAUAUUUUACUUCCGUUUCAGGCAGCGUACAUUAAUCAGCAGAGAUCCGCCAAGAAUUCCCCGAUGCUGAUGAAAUUAUUUUUCAAUUUGGAUAAGUUGGUUUCUUCUGAUCAUCCUGCUGAUAGCUGUCUAUGGGUUGGAUUGUUGAUGUUUCACCUGGCAUUGGUAAACAACCCUCAAGAUGGUCUUGUUGUCUGGACGUUUGCUUCUGUUCUGUAUCAUGGAAAGUGGAAGGUAGGUGUUGAAUUUGCAAGAGAACAAACAAAAGUGGAAGUAAAAUUUGUACCUGAAAUCUCAGGUUUCUCUGAAACUAAAUCAGAUGAAGACCUGGCCAAAGAAGUUUCUCAGUUUGCAACUCUGGUGCAAGAUUCUGUAUGGGCCUUAACGGAGACAAGCAGUUUAUUUCAAUCAAUGUCCAGAUAUCCAUCUUCUCCAUGCCCUGGUUUGGUCUUUGUACCAAAGAAAACUGCAAAAGCUACUGCUAAAAUUUUUGAUCUGAUGGUAGAAGAUAUUAAAUCUUUCAUAAAUGACAGACGUGGGGAGAGUCCCGAGAUUAACUACCACUUGCUUGGAAAGGGUGAUCCAUGUGAGACUAGAUAUGUGCUUGGCAAAAUUAUUUUAGAAUCAAUGAAGGCUUGUCCCCUUGGAGAUGCAACAGAGAUAGCCAAUGGUGAGAAGGGCUUCCUGCAACCAAAGGGAAUUGAGGAAAUUCUGGCAAAUAAUCAACUUCCUCUGAAGAAGGAUAAAAAACGUACCCCAUCAUUAUUGAAUCUUGAGGCCAAACAAGGGAUGCCAAAGAAGCAAAAAUUGGUUGAUUGGAACCGGAAUCCUUCUGAGCUAUAUACUGCUACAAAGAAGCAGAAAAUGGUUGCUAAAGAGGAGUUCCAAGAGUUGUCUAAGAAGCACCAGAGGGUGGUCAAGGCAUGCAAGUUAUCUGAAAGUGAGAUAAGCUCGAUGCAAGGGAACAUAUCAAAGAAGGAAAAAGGUCAUUUAGUGAAUCGGGAAAGGGCGGUGGUAAAGGAAGAGAUGCGCAAGAAUGAUAAGAAAAAGAAAGCCUAGAAGCAUAUGAAGGUAGUAGAGAAGUUGAAACACCAAAUUUCACCACAUGCAGUCAUUAAGAAGAAACAAAGGGUAGUUAGCAAGUUUAAUUUGAGACGGAUGAGAUGGUUACAGUGGGAAAAGCAGUUAGGAAAGGAAGAGGUGAAGGAAAACCCUGAGAAACAUAAAGCUAUAGCAGUAAAGAACAGAAGCGGUCCAACGUUACUUUCUGGUCUUUUCAAGUGAUUGGCUUCAUUCUUCGCAUGCUACACUUUUUACUUUUUGUAACAGCAACAACAACUGAGCAGUAAAUUUAUCUUUCCCCUAGGGGCUUUGGGUGUGCUUUUUUGUUACCGUACUGAAACUUUCAUGUGUACCAAAGAUGCGUGAUAAAAUAAUAAGACGUAAUUAAUGUAGGCUAUUGUGAUUUGUUAACAAAAUUUCUGACGUUAGAUAUGGUUGCAAGCAUUAUUAACAUAUUAGUAUUACAUUUUGUUGCGGAAAUAAAGAAUUCAAAUGCAGUGCAGUGCAGUGCAGUGAAGAGUAAAUUUUGAAAGUGCUCAGCUCAAUCCUUCUUAUUCUUACUGGUAUUAUUUUCGUUUCAGAAGAAAUGCUUCGUUUGUUUUUGUUUUUCUCUUGGGAGUGCAAAAGAAA